CUUUCCUCUCUGCACAUGCGCGUCUCGCACAGUCCUUGGUAGUGAGGAGACAGUAGGUUAGUGGGAGGAUAUAACCUACGGAGGCAAAAUGUACAGCUGGAGUCGCGUGUACUGCGUACUGAGCCAGAAAAAUCACUUUAGUCGAAUACCCCAUGGCUUGCAAAGAAUAAGUUUUGCAGCUUGGAGAAACUAUUCAGAGAAAGCACUUGAAGCAGAUGUCACAGUCGUUGGUUCUGGCCCAGGAGGCUAUGUUGCUGCCAUUAAAGCAGCCCAGCUGGGUUUUCAGACAGUUUGUGUGGAAAAGAAUGAUACACUUGGUGGAACUUGCCUUAAUGUUGGCUGUAUCCCUUCUAAGGCUUUGCUAAACAACUCUCACCUGUAUCAUUUAGCUCAUGGAAAAGAUUUUGCAAGCAGGGGAAUUGAAGUGACUGGCAUCCGUUUAAACUUGGAAAAGAUGAUGGAGCAGAAAAGUGGUGCUGUAAAGUCUCUUACAACUGGAAUUGCUCAUUUAUUUAAACAGAACAAGGUAGUACAUGUUCAAGGAUUUGGAAGGAUUACAGGCAAAAAUCAAGUAACAGCAACAAAGGCAGAUGGAAGCACCCAAGUCAUCAACACAAAGAACAUUCUUAUUGCAACAGGCUCAGAGGUUGCUCCCUUCUCAGGAAUUCCGAUUGACGAAGAAACAAUUGUAUCUUCUACCGGAGCAUUGUCUCUUAAGCAAGUGCCUGAGAAAAUGGUGGUAAUUGGUGCUGGUGUCAUCGGUGUUGAAUUGGGCUCUGUAUGGCAGCGGCUGGGAGCAGAUGUUACAGCAGUUGAGUUUUUGGGCCAUGUUGGUGGAUUGGGCAUUGAUAUGGAGAUCUCCAAAAAUUUCCAGCGUAUCCUUCAGAAACAGGGGCUAAAGUUUAAAUUAAACACAAAAGUCACUGGUGCAACCAAGAGACCAGAUGGAAAAAUUGAUGUUUCUAUAGAAGCAGCAGCUGGAGGAAAAGAAGAAGUUAUUACUUGUGAUGUAUUGCUUGUGUGUAUUGGUCGUCGUCCAUACACAGAGAACCUUGGAUUACAAGAAUUAGGGAUUGAACUAGACAACAGAGGAAGGAUUCCAAUUAAUAGUCGGUUUCAAACAAAAAUGCCAAAUAUUUAUGCAAUUGGUGAUGUAGUGGCUGGACCAAUGUUGGCUCAUAAGGCAGAAGAUGAAGGCAUUAUCUGUGUUGAGGGAAUGGCAGGAGGAGCUGUUCACAUCGACUACAACUGUGUUCCCUCAGUGAUUUACACGCACCCUGAAGUUGCUUGGGUUGGAAAGUCUGAGGAACAGUUAAAGGAAGAGGGUACAGAGUACAAAGUAGGGAAGUUUCCUUUUGCUGCAAACAGCCGAGCUAAGACCAACGCUGACACUGAUGGCUUGGUGAAGAUUCUGAGCCAUAAAUCUACAGACAGAAUGCUUGGAGCCCAUAUUCUUGGAGCAGGUGCUGGGGAGAUGAUUAAUGAAGCAGCUCUUGCUAUGGAAUAUGGAGCUUCAUGUGAAGAUGUUGCUAGAGUGUGCCAUGCCCAUCCGACUGUAUCAGAAGCCUUCAGGGAAGCUAACCUGGCUGCAUCAUUUGGCAAAGCAAUUAAUUUUUAACAGAAAAAUGUGUACAUAGGAUUUCUUAUAAAAUAAUUGCCCUUAUAAGGAAUGUCCUCUACAGUUUUUUUUCUGGCUUAUUCGGUGGACUCUUGUCAGGCACAGUUAUUUAACUGUUACACAAUGCAUUAAAUCAUUUCAGAUCAUUAGGAGGGGUGGCGAAUAUUAGAACACCAUUGUUUGUGAAUCUGUUUAUUAAUUGUUAUAUACUCUGUAAAUGUGCUGGACAUAAAGCUACAUAAAGUAGCUCUAUCAUGUUUUCUUCUGGUUAACUAAAGAGGCACUUUAUACCA